AUGUCAUUGGCAUUGGCUGUUGCCACUUGCUCAUUAUCAGUGGUUACGCGUGACGUUGUCGGACGGCUGCCACCACGGCUGCCGCCACGACUAGCAGCUCUACUAUUCCCUCGUCCACGUUUUGCAGGCGCUGCACCGCCAGCGUUUCUUUGUACGAAAGGUGCACGACGUGUUGUUGCCGCAUUUGCGUCUGUAUUUCCCCGAUUCGUAUCUGCUGGUAUUGCGCUGUUUUCACGUUGA